AUACCAUGAUUCUUGCUGAUUCAUCGCUUACCGCCUCGACAGCUAAAACAGAUGCUUUCAACAAAUUCUUUGCCUCCUUGUUUCUUACACGAUCCGACAAUCCAUGUCUUCCUACUCCUACCACGGAUUUCGACAAUUCAACUGAGUUGUCUCCAGAGCCCAUUGAAGAAGUCCUCAGUCUGUUAUCUGUGUUAUCUACAGGGAAAGCUUCGGGUCCAGAUGCAUGGGAUUCAACAAGUCGUUAG